UCUCCACGGACGACGACCACGCCUCUCGUCGCGGUCACCCGCGACUCGCAUCACAACGGCCGUUUCCUCCUCCGCUCCUCCCCGAAUGAAGCAAGCAAUCCCACUCGUUUGAAGCCCCCGCUGCCCCAUUGCCGCCACGGGCACUCCUAUUCGCCCACCCCAACUCCUCUCGGCCGCCUCCUGCUCCCCGUCGCCUCCUCGGCGGAGCGGAAUACUGGCUUCUGGAGCCCUCGACGAAUAGGGUUUCGUCCCCGCCGGAGACCCACCUCUCAUCACCACCACCACCGUCGUUCACGAGGUCACCUCCCUGACGCUCGUGCGGAGGGUUCUUCUGAACAAAGAAUACAAAAUGAAGUGCAACGCUUGCUGGCGGGAGUUGGAAGGGCAAGCCAUAACAACAACUUGUGGCCAUCUUUUGUGUACAGAGGAUGCAAAGAAAAUACUCAGUAAUGAUGGGGCAUGUCCAAUUUGUGACCAAGUGCUUUCCAAAAGCCAUAUGAAGCCUACUGACAUAAAUCCAAGCGAUGAAUGGACAAAUAUGUCAAUGACUGGAGUUUCUCCACAGAUACUUAUGAAGAGCGCAUACAGAAGUGUCAUGUUUUACAUCGGACAAAAGGACCUGGAGAUGCAAUACAAGAUGAACAGAAUUGUUGGUCAAUGUAGGCAAAAGUGUGAAGUUAUGCAGGCAAAGUUCACUGAAAAACUGGAGGAAGUGCAUGCGGCAUACCAGAAGAUGGCCAAAAGAUGCCAGUUGAUGGAACAAGAGAUUGAAAACUUGACAAGGGAUAAGCAGGAGUUACAAGAAAAAUUUGCAGAGAAAUCCAGGCAAAAGAGGAAGCUUGAUGAGAUGUAUGAUCAGCUGAGAAACGAGUAUGAGUCGGUGAAACGUUCAGCCAUUCAACCUGCAAACAACUACUUCCCGAGAGCUCAGCCUCACUUGUUCUCAGGCAUGCCUAACAUAUUGGACAGCGGUGACCCACUGAGACAAGGAUCAAUUGAUCCUCCUGAAACCCCAGGGCGCAGAGAUGAGGGAUGGGCUCCACAACCAAGGCAACGACGUGAGAACUCUGGUCCAUUUGAGCUCUCUGGGGGGUCGCCUGGUCACACUGCUGCACCUCCGAUGGAUAUGAGACCCCGACAGCUGCCACGGUCCGUCUUUGGAGCUAACAUGAACAAUUCUUCGACAGCUCUGAGAAAUAUGAUAAUCUCACCAGUGAAGCGUCCUCAGCCCCGUAACCGUCCACAAAUGUUCACGUUAUAGAGUUUGAAGAGCCGAGGAGAUGUUCUGCUUCUGUUCCGUCUUAAUCUUGUCAUGGAAGUAACGAAAACUGUUCAGUGCAAUUGUUGUAAGAUCAGUAUGUAUGUCUUCCUCCUAUUCUUGUGGCAUCGUUUCAUCUAGAAAUUGUUGUAGGAGAUCAAUCUGUAAUGUAGUUGUAUCCUGGGUAUAUGAUUUUGAAAGAUAAUAAAUGUACUUCUUCCAGACGUGUA